AUGGCUAGAUACGCAGCAGUUCCAGCAAACCCAGCCAAGUCCGCUUGUGCUAGAGGUUCAUACUUGAGAGUUUCUUUCAAAAACACCAGAGAGACAGCUCAGGCCAUCAAUGGUUUGAAGUUGCAGAAGGCUAAGGCUUACUUGGAAGCUGUUUCCGCCCAUAAGAGAGCCAUUCCAUUCAGAAGAUACAACCACUCCAUCGGAAGAACCGCUCAGGGUCAUGAGUUCGGUCUCACUGUUGCUAGAUGGCCUGCAAAGUCCAUUAAGUUCAUUCAGGACCUUUUGGCAAACGCUGAGUCAAAUGCUGAAGCUAAGGGUUUGGACACUUCCAAGUUGGUUAUUUCUCACAUUCAGGUUAACAAGGCCCCAAAGAUGAGAAGAAGAACUUACAGAGCACACGGUAGUGUUAACGCUUACAAGUCAUCUCCAUCCCAUAUUGAGAUCGUUUUGACUGAAGAGGAGAAGCCAGUUGUUAAGGCUAAGGAGGACAAGCAGGUUGCUGUGUUGAACUCCAGACAGAAAGGUAGAUAUGCUCAGAGAAAGAGAUUGACUGCUGCUUAG